UGGGCCAGGACAGUCUGAAGAUGCAGGCUAGGCACUACAGAACAUUGAGCAACAUGUACAAUAAGCCCAAUGCAAAACCCAAUCAAAAUGAUGUUGCUCAAAUUUUGGACCUUGAGUUUGAGGCCAGACGGGCUUUCAUUGAUGCAGAUGUUACAAAGGAAGAGGAYCGACCUGCAAAAAUCUUUGAGGCAUAUCCAUGCUUCAAAGAUGUUCGAAAUGCAAUGGAUGAGCUGCGGCGCAUAGUAGGUGGCACCAACAGCAGAUACAUUGAGGAAGUAAAAGGAAGAUGGGCAGAAUUCUGUGCCAAGGUGCAGUUCUACGGUGUGUGGAAGAAAGUCCUGAAACCCCCUUUCCCUUUGGAUGUCCGCAGUGUGGAUUUCACACUCGCCCUCUUCAAUGCACUCCCAUCCCUCUUCCCCUCACCAACUUCACCACCAAAGAAGCUUGGGAAUAGCUGUGAGGCACUUCUUCAUAUCCUGAAGUCAGGCGAAGACCCCACCCUGUAUCUGGAGAAGCGUCCUCUCUCCUCCCCAGUUUUGCUUUUUGAUGGAUCAACCACCAUCGUGGCUGUUGGUAAUGUACCUGUGACCACCCUUCCACAGGAAGAUUUCUCAGAAGGGAUGUUGGUGCUAUUGGCAUACUACUACACGUUGCAUUUAACAUACCCUAAAUGUGUUGCAACGCUCCUCUCUGUUAUUCAAACAGAGGUCAUUGGUGACACAAUCCACGAUCAAGAUGCCACUAGUGCAUAUAAGAAAGCAAUGGCUGAUUGGAAAUCAUUCAUUGACAAGUAG